AUUUGUGUCCCCACUUUUCUUGUCUUUGUUUCAAUUUUUGUAUGGAUUUACGCGCUCACACACAAACACACACAUACUCUAUUAUGAUCUCUUAACUCUAGGAGUACUGUUUAUUCUCUCCUGCUGGAAUUUAUCACACUUUUUAUAAACCCUUUUUACCGUUUGGUGUUUUUCACUCCCCAGAUCUGCCUUUACACUGCUAGGAGAAUGGGUUUUAUGUCUCAGAAGAUAUUCCCAGCAUGUGGGAACAUGUGUGUUUGUUGCCCGGCUUUGAGAUCACGAUCUCGACAACCAGUUAAGAGAUACAAGAAGUUGCUUGCUGAGAUCUUCCCUAAAUCACCUGAUGCCUCUCCUAAUGAUCGCAAAAUUCUCAAGUUAUGUGAAUAUGCUGCAAAAAACCCUUUCAGGAUCCCGAAAAUUGCAAAAUAUCUCGAAGAAAGAUGCUGCAAAGAAUUGCGGUCCGAGCACAUUAAAUAUGUCAAAAUCGUGUCAGAGGUGUACAAUAAAUUGCUCUCCAUUUGCAAGGAGCAAAUGGCGUAUUUUGCUGUCAAUUUACUGAAUCUAGUAAUUGAACUGUUGGAUAACUCUAAACGGAAUAUGGUUCAGAUGAUUGGAUGUCAAACCUUGACAAGAUUCAUAUAUAGUCAGGUGGAUGGAACAUACACACAUAAUAUUGAGAGUUUGGUACCCAAAGUAUGUUUACUUGCACAUCAGACUAGUGAAGAACAUCAAAACCGCUGUUUGCAGGCAUCAAGCUUACAGUGCAUUUCAUCAAUGGUUUGGUAUAUGGCAGAAUUUUCACACAUUUUUGUCGAAUUUGAUAAGAUUGUAAAAGCUAUUUUGGAUAACUAUGAGACUGAUAGAAGUAGUGAAGGAGAUGUUGCUAGAAGGGAGGCAAAUCAUAAUUGGGUGAAUGAAGUUGUUCGAUGUGAAGGACAAGGUGGUGCUGGAGCUGGAAAUGAAAUAAAUGCUAGCUGUGUGAUCAUCAGGCCUCGACCAGAAAAGAGAGACCCUUGUCUUUUAACUAGAGAAGAGGUUGAGACUCCAAAAGUAUGGGUUCAAAUAUGUCUGCAACGGAUGGUUGAACUGGCGAAAGAGAGUACAACAAUGCGGCUAAUUUUGGAUCCAAUGUUUGUCUAUUUUGACAUGGGUCAGCAUUGGGUUGGUAGACAUGGAUUAGCCCUGAUGGUUCUGUCUGAUAUGUCAUACUAUAUGGAGUAUCCAGGGCAUCAGCAAUUUCUUUUAACUGCUGUUGUUCGUCAUUUGGACCAUAAAAAUGUCUCGCAUGAUCCCAAAAUUAAAUCUGAUAUCAUCCAAACUGCUACUGCUUUGGCUCGGCAAAUUAGGUCCAGUGUUGUACUUUCGGACAUUGGUUUUGUGAAUGACCUCUGCAGGCAUAUGAGGAAAAGCCUUCAAGCAUCAGUGGAUUCAGUGGGGGAACAAGAGUUAAACUUGAAUAUCAUCCUACAAAAUUCUAUUGAGGAUUGCUUACUUGAAACAGCCAGAGGGAUCGCUGAUGUGCGGCCACUAUUUGACAUGAUGGCGAUAAGUCUGGAGAGUCUUCCAAUAACUAGGGUUUAUGCAAGGGCAACAAUUCGAUCCUUAAUGGUUGUUGCGGAUAUGAUAUCAUUAGCAACUUCAAAAUCACAGCAAGUGUUUCCGGAGGCUCUUCUUGUUCAACUUUUGAAAGCGAUGUUGCAUGCAGAUCUUGAAGUUCGUGUGGGAGCACACCAUAUAUUUUCUGUUUUGCUCAUCCCUAAGUCGAACCAUCAUGGAUAUGAUAAUUCUACUCGCACAAGGAGAUGGCGUUCUAGUACUGAAUCUGCUUCUGCUUCGGCUUCAAUUUCAAGUCUACUUGAGAAGCUAAGAAGAGAAAAGGAUGGAAAUAAAGGUGAAAAGGAUGGAAAUAAAGUAGAAAAGCAAGGAAGUAAUGCUCAAGAUUGUUUAAAGGAAAGAGACAAUGCUGAAGAAGAUUGGAAACAGGGAUGGGCUCGCAAGAAUUCCCCUAAUUUGCACACUUUGAGCACUAUUAUCGACAGGACUGCUGGGUCGAAUAGCUCGGCAGAGGCAGAACCACCUGUCGUGACAUUGAAUGAGGAUCAAAUAACUCAGUUGUUAUCUGCUUUUUUCCUACAAGCAAAUCUCUCGGAUAAUUUACCUUCAGAUAUUGAAGCAAUAGCCCACUCGUUCUGCUUGACGCUUCUAUCAUCUCGCCUCAAGAGCUCCAGUGGCAAUCUUGUGGUUCGCUUCUUUCAGCUCCCUCUAUCACUUAGGAAGUUAUCACUAGACCCCGACCAUGGAAUCUUUUCUUCGGUUUACCAGAGAUCACUCCUGAUUUUGUCAACUGCAAUGUUGCAACUUGCUGCGAAACUUUAUCAGAUUCCUCAUGUGAAUGAUCUACUAAAGUCGUCUCUGAGAUACGAUGUUGACCCAUAUGUCGGUAUCAGUAAUGACUUUCAAGUCUUCGUAAAGCCUCUGGUUAAUGUGGGUGAAUAUGGGUCUUCCGGUGAUAAUCAAGGAGCUUCCUUUUUGCUGUCUGAGUUACGGAAGAAUAUAUUUGAAUCUGAGAAUAUUAUGCUGGAUAUUCUAUCCCAGAGUUUAUCUAAAAUUACCAAGAUGGAGGCAAAUGACCUUGUCCAGCAGCUUUCAGAAGGGUUUGUACCCGAUGACACAUUCAUGUUUGGUCCACAAUCUAUGAUUGACAUGGAUCAUGUUCAGGCAUUUGCACGUUCGAAGGGAUCCCUUUCUUUUGAUGGGGAUUUUCCCAGCGAUUCAUCAGGUGACGAUGAUGUAACAAGUGAAUCCUCUGUUGCUGACUUCACCAAUUUUAUACCCAAAUUGCCUGCUUCCCCUUCCAUGUCUCACAUUAUCAGCAUUGGGCAGCUUUUGGAAUCGGCACUUGAAGUAGCUGGUCAAGUUGCUGGAACAACCGUCUCAACUUCACCCCUUCCGUUCAGUGCCAUGGCUAGCCAAUGUCAAACUCUGGGUACAGACACAAGAAAAAAGCUCACGAACUGGCUAUCUAGUGAGAAUCAUCAGCAGAUGAAAUCAAUUUCUCCUAUUACAACGAUUCCUGUUGAUGAGCAAUCUUCAUUUAGCAAGAUAAUGGGUGAAGACGAACCUGUUGGUGGAGCUUUGUUGACAAUGGAGUCGAGGUUGGCUCUGAGGUUGCCUCCUGCUAGUCCUUUCGACAACUUCCUUAGAGCAGCUAGACAGCACUAGAAGUAGAGGCUCAAUCCACCUUUAACUCUGCAAGAUUACUUCUCCAGUCAAUUAGUUGUAUAGUCCUUUUUAUCACGUUGCACUAGCUGUCUUAGCCCUGUAUUCGACAUCCUGAAAUUCUAACUUGUUGCUUGUAUUAUCCUGAUUUAAUGCAGAACUUGAGCUUAGGACAAAUUUAGCUGUUUGUAUAAAAUUUAAAUAUAUUAGAUUUUAUGUAUCUGAAAUAUUAAAAUUUGACCUUUUAA